CGCAGUGACAACACACACUGACCACGAUCUACGAUGGCAUCCUCUGAACUGUUGAAACAGAUUCAGGCGGGGAAGAGGCUGAAGAAAGCAGAAACAAAUGACCGGAGUGCACCUUUGGUUGAUGCAAAGGCAAGUGGUGGUGGUGGCGGCGGCGGUAUUGCUGCUGCUGCUGCUUCACGAGGAGGGGCAUCGAUGGGAGGACCUCCUCAACUUGGUGGAUUGUUCGCUGGAGGUGUUCCUAAAUUGAAGCCUAGUAAUAAUAAUUUGGCCAAACCUCCUACGCUUGGAAAGCCGCCGUCCGUUCCCAAGACAAGUACUAAUGCACCACCUCCUCCUGCUAGGGGACCACCUCCUAGACCAACUCCGCCUGCACCUGCUCUACCUAAUCGACGUGCACCAUCACUACCGAAUCGAACUGCUCCUUCUUUACCUUCAAGAUCUUCACCGGCUGCACCUUCUAGAAAUACUCCCACACCUCCUCCCCCGCCACGGAGACCACCACCCCCUGCAAGGACAGCUUCACCUACUCCUCCUUCUUUCCCCGCACGUCCACCAUCACUACCUUCUCGCGCCGCUUCUCCCCCUGCUCGUCCCGCCUCUUCACCUCCUCGUACCGCCCCUCCCCAUCCUCGUCCUGUCUCUCCACCCAAACCAGCACCAUAUACCCCACCACGUUCUAUUCCUCCCCUUCCUCCAGCUCGCAACAGUUUACAUCUUCCAGCUCCACAUGCAAGGAAAGCCCCUCCUCCCCCUCCAGCCAGACCCUCGUCGAUCGUCGGAUCUCCUGCUCGAGCAGUCCCCCAUCUACCCUCUCGUGGGCCACCUGCAUUAGAUGGUCCACCUGCUCCUCCAGCUCGUGUACGAGUUUUGUCAGAAGCUGACCCCCCUGCACAAGCUCCACCUGUAAAUCGCCUUCCACCUUUUCGUCCUGUCCCCCCUGCGUCUGCUCCUCCAAGACCCCCUGCAUCUGCUCCUCCAAGGCCCCCUGCAUCUGCUCCUCCAAGACCCCCAGCAUCUGCUCCUCCAAGACCCCCUGCAUCUACUCCUCCAAGACCCCCUGUAUCUGCUCCUCCUCCCAGACCCCCUGCCGUUUCAACACCAGUCACUGUUGAACCUCAGCCUCCCGCUUUAUCUGUCGGACCACCUACCAUCAAUGGCAGUCCCAGGGUACCUCCAUCUCGCAAAAUACCUUCGCCCCCUCCAAGCUCUGGUCUACAUACGUUUCCCGUGACUGACUUCCCUCAGCCACGUCCCUUUGUCCCAGGCACCAGGCGAUAUGCCGGUGGUCGAUCUACUGGCAGCGAUUUCGACUUGACUACUUUAUAGCUUGUUUUUCAAUUGAGGUGUGCAUAGCGUUGCUGUAGUCGCAUUAGAUCAUGAUACAUCGGACAUCGUUGAUACAUGUAUUAGCGAGUUGCUCACAUGAUAUCUGCAGUACAUGGCUCCAAACCAGAUUAUCCACGCUAGAUUUUCGGAAGUACCGUUCAGACUAGAUAUUACCGCCACUUGGCACUGACAUAUUGACAAAUCGGCAAUACUAAUCCGCACG